AUGCAGCAGGAGGAUUUGUUCGAAUACACGACUGGAAAAUGGCUCUACAAUAACAACCUAAGACACGCCGAACGACGACGGGAGUUCAACAUCGCCGAAUUCAAGCGUCUGGCAGCCGCAUCAGUGAACCAAACCGAGAAAGAUGUACUCAGCCUCAAGAAACUCGCCGAGGGCGGCUUUAACCGCAGUUUCCUGAUUACUAUGGCCAACGGACUCCGGUUCGUCGCGCGCAUUCCGUACCCUGUCACCGAGCCAAAGUCGCUUGUCGUCGCGAGCGAGGUCGCGACGAUGGAUUUCCUCCGCUCGCAUGGCUUUCCCGUUCCGCUGGUCUUUGGGUACUCGACCACGGCUGAGAACCCCGCGGAAACGGAGUAUAUCUUCAUGGAGCUGGUCGAGGGUACGAAUCUCGGCGAUGUUUGGUUUGAGUUGGAUGAGAAAGAGAGGACGACUGUCGUUACUCGACUCGUGCAGUUGGAGGCGAGGUUGUUUGCGUUAAGAUUCCCGGCGGGUGGAAGUAUAUAUUACUGCGAUGAUGUUCCUGAUGAACAUCGUCGGGUUCUUAUUGAGGGGUCUAGCUCGAUCAGUGCGAAGCAGUUCUGUAUUGGGCCGGAUACUUCGUAUCGGCUGUGGUUUGGGAAACGGCUCAAUUUGUCUGCUGAACGUGGACCAUACAGAGAUACCUUCGAAGCUCUGGCCGCCGGCGCCACGAAAGAAAUCGAAUACCUCGAGAAAUUCGGGAAACCCGUCCAACCAUUCCAACGACUCCGGCGAGAAGCCUACGACUACAAAGCCCAAUCACCCCUGGACCACAUCGCAAACCUAAAGAAAUAUCUCGUAUUAGCGCCUCAAUUGGUCCCGAAAGAAACUCCUCUAUGCCGACCAGUACUCCGACACCCAGAUCUCCAACCCAACAACGUGAUUGUAACAAGCGACCUCCAAAUCAAAGGCCUAAUCGACUGGCAACACAGCAAGAUCCUGCCCCUAUUCCUACAAGGCGGCACGCCACUAUCCAUUCAAAGUCACGACCUCGUCGAACCACUCGUACCACCAGAAAACAUGGCCGAUUUAGACGAACGAGAGCAGCGCGAACAGGCGGAGUUGUAUCGCAGACGCCAUCUUCACCAUGAAUAUCUCUCGAAGACGGAGGAGUUAAAUCCUGAGCACCAUCGUGCGCUGGCGGAGAAAUUAAAUAAAUUGCGUAGGGAACUUUGGCAUCAUGCGAGCGAUCCCUGGGAAGGGGAUGUUGUCACACUGAAGGCGGAUUUGGUUGCCCUGACACUGAAGUGGAAGGAGAUUACUGGCGAGAAAGACUGUCCGAUUUCUUUCCCUGAGGAGGAAGUUCGGGAGUGUCUUCGGUUAGAGGCGGCGCAGGCUGAUGCGGAUGAACAGUUGCAGGCGUGUGAGGAUAUUGUUGGGGUGGGGUGUGAAGGGUGGGUGCCGCCUGGGUUGUUUGAGAAAGUCAAGGCGCGUGAGAGGAAGUUUAAGCGGGAGACGUUUGGGGCUGCGGAGACGGGGGAGGAGAGGGGGCGGCUGGAGGAGAAUUGGAUUUUUGAUGACUUUGAUGAGGAGGUGUAUACUUGA